UUCGCGCCAAUUAAUCAGAAUUCAACAAAAACAAUGGACGAUCUCUGCAAAUCCUCUAUGAAGUUCUUCUCAGAUCAACAGAUCCGUUAUGCCGAAAUCCUCCUUCCUCAUGAGGUCCAAGCCAGAAUCCAAGUAGCGGUCCUUAAUUUCCUCAAGGUUUUGGCCUCUCCUGAUCCUGCAAUCUCCAAUAUAACUCUGAUCAAGAGGAAGUCGAGUAAUAGCAAAGUGAGUGAAGGGAUCUUGACUGAUGUUUCGUGGAUUUUUCUGUCUCAAUAUUUUUGUACAAGAUCAUUGACGAGAGCCAACGCUGCUAAGGCCUUUAUUAGAGUGUGGAAGGUUAUGGAAAUGUGUUUUGAGAUUCUGAUUCAAGAGAAACGAGUUACACAGAGGGAACUCUUUUACAAGUUGCUUUGUAAUUCACCAGAUUACUUCUCAUCUCAGUUGCAGGUCAAUAGGACAAUCCAAGAUGUUGUAGCAUUGCUUCGGUGCAGCCGUUACAGUCUUGGAAUCAUGGCAUCUAGCAGAGGACUUGUUGCUGGGCGUAUCUUGCUUCAGGAGCCAAACCAAGAGGCUGUAGAUUGUUCUGCUUGUGGCUCUUCUGGAUAUGCAAUUUCAGGUGACCUGAAGUUGUUAGAGAGCUUGAUUAUGAAGACGGAUGCCCGCUAUAUUAUUGUAGUUGAAAAGCAUGCAAUUUUCCAGCGAUUGGCAGAGGAUCAUGUAUUUAACCAGAUUCCAAGCAUUCUCCUCACUGCAAAAGGCUACCCAGAUAUUGCUACAAGAUUUCUUCUUCACCGAAUGAGUCGAGCUUUCCCAGAAUUGCCCAUUUUAGCUCUGGUUGACUGGAACCCAGCUGGAUUAGCUAUAUUGUCCACUUAUAAGUUUGGAAGCAUAGGGAUGGGUCUAGAGGCAUACAGAUACGCAUGCAACGUGAAGUGGCUGGGGCUGCGAGGGAAUGAUCUACAUCUGAUACCUGAACAGUCUUUAGCUCAACUAAAGCCACGUGACCUCCAAAUCGCUAGAAGCCUUGUUUCCUCGCCAAUCUUGCAGGAUAAUUACAGGCAAGAACUGGAACUGAUGAUGCAGAGUGGUCAGAGAGCAGAGAUAGAAGCUCUGUAUUUCCAUGGCUACGAUUAUUUAGGUAAGUAUAUAGCGAAGAAAAUUGUUCAAGCCAAUUACAUCUGAAAAUAAUGGCAAU